UCCCGGUAUGCUCUGUAGGUGUUUUUCUACCUGGUGGGUGUGGCCGGAAGUGUCGUUUGCCUUAUGGGCAUUGUGGGUAACAGCCUGUCCAUUGCUGUCUUCCUGCACGACGACGUGCUGACGGCGGGAGUCAACAUCUACCUGCUGGCACUGGCGCUGUAUGACGUCACCUUUCUCGUCACGCGCCUGCUGGUGGUCCACGGCGAGUGGCUGGCGUCUGGCUUGGCUCACAACGGACAGGUGGAACUCAGAUAUACUACACCUGCUUCAGCUAUCCUCGAACCGUUGUCUUUCGUCCUCGAAACGGGGUCAGUCUUUACGACAGUGGCCGUGACCUUAGACCGAUGUGUCAGUGUGACCCGACCACUCCAGGCCAAGGGAAUGUCCGGAGGUCGUAAGGUCCGAUACAUUCUGAUCGCCAUCUUUGUCUGCAGUGUCAUCCUGAACAUCCCUCUCUUCCUGGAGACCAAGCUGCAACUAAGACAGGAUGAGGCUGAUAACAUCGUGGUGUGGGACAGGGUGGAGACCGACUACCGCUACACCGUCUUCCACACGACUAUCUACCUUCUCUGCAUCUACCCCAUCUCGAAAACCUUCGCUCCACUCCUUGUCCUAUUCAUCUGUAACAUCAUCAUUGCAAAAACUAUUUUCAACAGUCGUAAAACGGAAAUGACGAGCUCCGAUCAGACGUCACGUCUCAAGGAUGCGCAGAAAGUCACUGCGCAGGUCCUGUCCAUCUCCGGGCUCACUCUGUUGUCCCGAAUGAGCGACGCCCUAACCUUUAUUUUUCUACAACUCAAUGGCACUGUCUUCUACGAGGACUGUCCUCUCUACUGCUAUGUGAUGGCGGCACUGAACGAGUGGAUGAGAACCUUUCACGCAGGAGCUAACUUCGUCUACUAUUGCUGGUUCGGUCACCACUUCCGGUCCAUCCUCAUUCAGCGCCUCGGCCUGGCUCCCCGACCAUCCUGCUCUAAGGGAAAUCACUCCAGAAGGGCAAAACACUCGGGCACCUUGCAAAUUCGCCUACAACAAAGAUAG